CAACACAGGAAAAGAUAUCUUUUUGGAACUUGUUUGUGCCUUGGCCCGCGUUUUGAGCAAAAGCAGCGGCGGAUGAUACGGUUCGGUUUCUAGGUUCGGUCUGCGACCUUCCCGUGGAUCCACUUCAGCAACCAAACAGAGGAGAAUCCAACGAGGCCGCGAAACUACCAAAAAUCCAGUCGCUGAUAGCAGCAGCUGGCGGACCGCCACUCGGGUUGAUUCAUCGUCGAGGAAAGUUUCUUGUUGGCCGUAAUUAGGAGAAAAUGAGAAAAUGUUUGAACGCCCAAGAUGUCGCGACUGGAGUCCGCUGUCGACGCAGCAGCUACGGUUACGGAGUUUAAUACAGGUUUCGGGACACAACAUUUCUCCAUCGUUGUCCCCCGUGCCAGCCGGCUCGGAAGGAGGCGGCCCGCCUCUGCUCGGUGGACGUGGCAAAUGUACCGUCUACUUCACGCUUCACCAAACGCUCGACUCGGCACCGUUCUACACCAGCGAAAGGCUCGAUCUCCACCGGAACGUGCUGUGGGCCGAUAUAGAGUGUCCGGCAACGAUGAAGUCUUCGUUGCGUGCCGUUUGCGUGCGCGUCUGGGAGCAUAUCGCACCAUCCGGCACGAUGGUUUCACCUCUGCCGGUACCAACGCUGCCGCCAAGUGAUAUUCAACAGCGCGAGCACGAGAAGACAGGUGAUCCACCGGCAGCACCGCUAACAUCCGACACCGAUCGGGUGCUGUUCGUGUGGGGUGUGUACUUUUCCGGGCUCGUGCCAUUGGCGAGGCGCAGCGAAAAGCGUCUCCGACCGAAUACGCUCGUCUUCCAGAUGCACGGAGGCUACUUUACCUCCGCCGACUGUAUACUCGAGCCGGAAGAGCGCAGAGUGGCACUCGGCGGUCUCGAGCUGCCCAGUGGCACCUUCACCACAAGUGGCGCCCAGGCCAGCAGGCCAAAAACACCAAUCAAACUUUCCUCAUCGCCAGCGUCCGGUGCGAGGACGAUAACGGCAUCAAUUCCGAUUGAGGGUGCUGGCAGUCGGGGCGGUGGACGUGGAUCUCACUGUGAUACUAGCGGUAAUUCUCCUCUCUUCCUUCCACCGAACCUUCACCAUGUGUCACCGGCCUCCAAUCACCAUUGGUACUUUGCGAAUAGUGUACAGCAACCGUUACAGUCCUCGGGUUCGCCGGUUUCGGAGAUACGCGGUGGUGGCAGUACGGCCACGGCUUCGGUUAGUCCCACACCGUCGGAACCACCGGAGACGAACCUUCGCAUACGCUACCUGCACAUGGAGUUCGGUGCGUCCGAGAUCCGCACCAGCUACAAAUUGGUUCGGUUGCUGGCUGUCCAGGAGCGGCAACGACGCCUCCGGUACGAGGCCGACAGCGCGAAAGAGUUGACCGAGCGGAUCUGCAUGAAGAGUGCCUACUGUCUUAACUUGGAGCUGUUCAACAGUAAACACCCGUCCGUGUAUCGCGGGCCACCGGCCACCAACCGAUCUGGUGGCAUGGGAAAGCAACUGAGCCGGCUGCUAUACCAGGAACGGGAACCGAUUGAUCCGGCGAUGCUCCUCCGUGGACAGGAAUUACGGCGCCAAAUCGAACGGGCCCGCUUUCGGUGUCGGUUACUGGCUCAAGAACGCGAACGGACACUGGUGGUGAUGCAAGGUUUACGCUACAAACUCAAUGCCCUAUCCGAUGCGAACAUCGAACGGGAAUCCACUCUCAUGGAACGGUAUCGGACGUAUGGGCGCGAAAAGGAACAGCUCAGUUAUCGGCACACCACACUAGCUAACUACCAGGAUCGUGUCCGGGAGGUACGGGCCGAGAUGUGGCAAGCCAAGCAGAAACAGCUGAGAAUGCUGAAUGAUAUCUUUUACAUCAAAAAGACUGCUACGGGAAUGUACACGAUCAAUGAUGUACCGUUGCCGAACGCUGAAUCCUAUCCCGAUUCGACUCCCGCCCUUGCGCUCAGUGUUGCGCUUGGAUACGUGGCACAGGCCGUCCGAAUGUGUUCAAAGGUUCUGGAUAUUCCGCUCAGAAAUCCUGUAAAACUGGACGGUUCUCGGUCGAAAAUAGUGGACACCAUCAAAGUGCUGCCAACGACAGAUCGAGAGUUUCCACUCUUCUGUCGAUCGGGACCGGCACCGAACGCAGUAUUGUAUGCCGUCUACUUGUUGAACCAAAACAUUUCCCAGCUCAAGUUUCAACUCGGCAUGAGUAGGGGUGAUCCACGGGCGACCCUUGCCAACCUGGAAAGCAUCCUCACUGUAGUUAGCUUGGAUUGUACUGGUACCGUUACUACUACUGCUGCUGCUGCUGCUACUAGUGUUGGUAGUACUAACAGUAACAGUGGCAUGGAGGUCAUUGCGGACGGUGUCACACUCAUCUCUGACAAUCGGCGUCCACCAUUCCCAAUACCGAGAACGCAAAGUAGCGGCUGUUUCGGUGGGAUCAGUGCAUCGUCCACUGAUUUGAAACUGUCUCCCGCUUUCCAUUCAUUAUCGCUGGGCGGUGGCGGUAGUAGCAGUGGUAGCAGCGGUAGCAGCUCAUACCUCCGCGAUAGCCCCUCUAGCCGAAGGAUAUCGUCCUCGGUUGAUGACUACACGAACCGGUUGCACCGCUUACCGCUGCCCAGGGGAAACGGGAUUGAGCAGCAGCAUCAGCAGCAGCUGCAGCACCAACACCAGCAGCUGCUGCGUGGCUGUGGCAGUCGAUUCUCCUCCGAUCCGAUACUCACCAAAGCCCCACAGCCGCGACCACUCGAGUUUGAGGGUGGCAAAAAGUUUUGAACUAGACAAUGACUUACCUUGCGGUCGGUCCAGCGACCGAAAUCGUUUUGUUAUUGCUUGUUUUAUUAUUUAAUAUUUAUUGGAACACACGUGCGGUCAGCGGGCCCGGCCAGUGUAGGGCCAGUCCGUUUCCUCCGUUUGGCGGUUGAUCGUUCGUUUAAACCGAAUUUCUCGUCGACGGGUUUUGUGUUAUAGGCGGCGGCAAGAUUGUCCCCACCGCAAGUACCAGAGACACGGUGUGCAUUAGAGGGGGGGGGGGUGCCUGCCUUAGUUACGUCUACGGAGCGAAAACGGACAAAUCAGGAUGUAUGUGAGAGGUAUGCGCAAAGUGGUAAGAUGUUAGUAAAAUAAAUCCUUCGAUUGA